AGGACGGGUACCUGCCGACCUCAUAUGGACCGCUUGAUAGAAGCUGGGGAAAUGCUUGGCAUCGACAACCCUAACCCUUGAAUGGUAUUUGUUUGGGCGGGGUGGGGCGUCGAAGUGCAGGCGACAGCUCUAACUCCCCUCAAAAGCUUCACCUUGCAAAGCCAGGUUAACAAUACCUCUUGACAGAGGAAGAGACGCAGUAUCCCACAGCAGCGAAGAAUAAGACCGCAUCUAGUAGACGGUCGCCAGAAUGGCGCCCACAUCGCCUUCUCCACACCCGGCGAUGGCGAGCCCGCCGCCGGCCUUGCAAUCUGAUGCCUCCGAGCCGGCCUCGCCGAUUCCGGAAAGACCCUCGUCUCCCGAUCUGCCUCUGACCAUGACCGCAUCUACGGUGCUGAUGUCUCUACCACGCGAUGCAACCGCGGCCCUUGCUGCCGCCGGGGGGUUCCCUCAGGAGAAGAUAGUUGUCCGGUUCAAGCCCGUUGGCUCCGCACCCCAUCUUCGUCGCGAUGUUGUCAAAGUCACCAGCUCGCAGAAGUUUGAGACCGUGGUGGCGCACAUACGCAGGGCCUUGCGCGUACAGGACACAGAAAGCGUCUUCCUAUACGUGAACAGCACCUUUGCUCCAGCUCUUGAUGAGGUCGUUGGCAAUCUAUGGAGGUGCUUUAAAGAUGCAACGGGCCAGCUUAAUGUCUCUUAUUCGCUCACCCCUGCUUUCGGAUGAAUGGAGCCUGGUUAAUAAACUGCCGGUCAAAUGACCAACGGUAACAGGGCAACCCGUAUCAAGAGCAUAGGUAAAUAUAUUAUGGUAUCCAAAAACAGACGCUAUCACGCGCAUAGGU